AUGGGCAAAAAUUCUUCCUCCACAACGCCACCGACCACAGAGAGCAAAAAGAGCAGGAAGAAGACUUCAUCAUCAUCGGGUUCUAAAAAAGUUUCAUCAAAUGUUGCUCCGAUCAGUGCUGCACAACCAUCAACUUCUGCAACAACUUCUAUUGCUAAAAAUCCACCACCUUCAAGUAAUAAUAACAACACCACCAAUACCACCACUAUCGCUGCGGUCGGUUCUCCUGCUGCAUCAGUUUCAAAGCCAAAAAAGUCAACCACAACAAAGAAAGCUUCAUCAUCAAAAGUCUCCACCCCUUCUUCAACAAAUGGUCCAACUGUAACUUCUAUUACGACAGGACCGACUUAUCCAAUGCUUUCAUCAUCACUGGCAUUCCCGAUGUCACAAUUCUCGUCAAAGAAUUCUUCUGUUUCACCACAAAGUUAUGAAAUAGUAUAUAUGGAAGAAAUUUCAAAUAUGAUUACAUGCUUUUGCUUUUCAAAUAGAGUUGAUCCUAGUACCAUUAGAAUCAUUGAACAAUAUUCAAGAAAUCAUAUCGUUGAUAUAAUAUACCAAAUAUAUGUUUUUGUGAAUGCAAAAUCAGCGAAUACGAUCGAUCAAGUAGAAUCUGUAGAUUCAACCAUUACUGUCGAAGAUGUACUAUUUUUUAUAAAGAAAGAUUCUCUGAAAUUUGCCAGAUUUGAAAACAUGAUAAAAGUUAAAGAACUGAGAAAGAAAGAAAGUGAGCCGGAAGAGGAAGCAGAAGGAAAAAAGAGAAAGAAUGUAUUCUCUCAUAUCAAGGACAAGAGGUUAAAACUAGAUCCUAUUUUAGAUAUUGGACAUUUUUCAGAUGACGAAAGCGAAAUUCCAACUUCCAAUGCCAUCAAUUCAUCUCCAGGUGAGAUUAAUUCAGAUCAACUCAUUGAAAAUUAUUUGCAAGAGAAACGUCAAGCUGCAGACUUUCUAUCCAAGAAUUUGUCUCUAAAUGACUAUCUUGAAUAUACAAAAUGCCGAGAAUCUAACUUUAUUUCAAAAGGAACCAAAAGGUUUAGGCAAUGGCUUGAAAUCCCUCCAAAUGUUAAAAUUAAUGACAAUGCUCUCGAACUUUUGGCUUUGGAGGCCUACGAAACAGUUGGAAAGCUUUGUCAAAUAGCUCUUAUUUGCCUGAUCGAUCGUGAGAAUCGAAUUGUCACUCCAUUUGAGGACAGUUUAUUUACAGCUGCAGGUCUACUGACUCCAAGAGAACGACGAAUGUAUUCUCAAUUUCCUCAGUUACAAGAAAUUAGCUCUUCCACUACAGGAACCCAACAAAUCCAUCGACCCACUCUUACUGCCUCUCACAUUUUGGAUGCGAUCAUCCUUCUUCACCCACCUUCUGUAUCAAUGUGUCAGUUGCCAAGAUUUUGCCUUCGAUUCUAA